GGAAAAAACGUCUCUAAGAUAAUAUUUGUGGGAGGGUCUUUACGAUUCACAUGGCUUUCACAAAAAUGUUUAGAAGGGUGAGCUGGAAAGCCAGUGGAACAUUCUGAGCGACGGCGCGCAUUCGUUUGGAGCUACUUUCUGGAGAGGCCACGGACAGAUGCUGUGACUUGGAUAAUAUGUCUGCCGUGUUGGCGAAGAUGAGCUCGAGAGGCGCCUCAUGGUUAUAUUCAUUCAGUGUCUUUGUUGUGUGUUUUUGUGUAUCCACACAUGCAGCAAAUAAUUGCAAUGGACCAUUGCUAUCAGUUCUGCCUCAGUCAUCCUUCAAAAGCUCUUCAACAUCCUCCAACAAUCAGCUGCCUCACUUUGCUAAGCUGAACAGAAGAGAGGGACAGGGCGGCUGGGCCCCGGAGAGGUCAGACCGACAGCCCUGGCUCCAGCUGGACCUCAGGGAGAAGAUGGAGGUCACAGCCAUUGCUACACAGGGUCGCUCGGGGAGCUCUGACUGGGUGACCAGCUACAUGCUUCUCUUCAGUGACUGCGGCCUCGCCUGGAAGCAUUACGGACAAGACGAAGAUACCAGGGCGUUCCCAGGCAACACGAACUCAGAGGGUGUGGUUCUACAAAAGCUGAUCCAUUCCAUCACAGCCAGGUUCCUACGCUUUGUCCCUCUGGACUGGAGCUCCAUUGGCUGGAUCGGCCUCCGAGUGGAAGCCUAUGGCUGUGUACACAAGUCUGACGUGGCGGACUUCAAUGGCAGGAGCGCUUUGUUGUACCGCUUCAACCAAAAGUCCCAGAGCACAGUGAAGGAUGUGAUCUCCCUCAGGUUUAAGAGCCACGGUGCGUACGGCGUGCUGGUGCACGGAGAGGGGCAUCGCGGCGACUAUCUGACCCUGGAGCUGUAUCAGGGAACCCUGGUUCUCCACCUAAACCUGGACGACGCUAAGCGUUAUCCCGGCAGUGGGAAUGUGUCAGUGGGCAUUGGCAGUCUUCUGGACGACGAGCUCUGGCAUUCGGUCCUGGUUAAACGCUCCAACAAGCAGGUCAACCUCACUGUGGACGGACACACGCGCCACCUCAGCACCACAGGUGUGGAAGGCUCCCUGGAGGUGGACUAUGAGCUCAGCUUCGGAGGCAUUCCUAUACCAGGCAAACCAGGGAGUUUCCUGAGGAAGAACUUCCAUGGCUGCAUAGAGAACCUGUACUACAACGGGGUCAACAUCAUCAACCUGGCCAAGCGACGCAAGCUGCAGAUACACAGUGUGGGCAACGUAACCUUCUCAUGCUCUGAGGCCCAGCCCCAGAUGGCGUCCAGCACCUUCCAGUCUUCUAGCAGUAGCUACCUUUACGUCCCUCUGGAGCCUCCCGGGCUCUGGGGCUUGGAGGUGCACUUCCAUUUCCGGACCUGGAACCAGGAGGGGUUACUGUUCUACACCAAUGGCGGGUCACAGCACUUGGUGUUUUACAUCAGCAGUGGCCAACUACACCUGAUAGUCCAUGGCUCUUCGGAGCAAAAGACAAAUAUUUCCAUAGACUUGGAUGUAUCUGAUGGACUGUGGCACUCUGUUGGUCUAAGCUGCAGAGGUCUUAAGGUUUCUCUGGUCCUGGACAAUGGGCCAACCUCUGCAGUUGAUGUACAGAGACAUGAAGACUCUGUCAAUGGGGUUUUCUUUGGAGGUUGUCCCCAAUACAGUGCUGGGUGUAAAAACCCCACUGUGUCCUUCCAGGGGUGCAUUCGUCACAUUGUCCUGAACAACCAACCUAUUAAUCUAACCCAUGUGCAACAAGGACUUCUGGGUAAUCACAGCAAGCUUAAGUUUGAUGUCUGCGGCAUCCGUGACAGAUGUCUGCCCAAUUUCUGUGAGCAUGACGGACGAUGCACCCAAUCCUGGGAUACAUUUUACUGUGACUGCUCAGGGACAGGCUACACUGGAGAAACCUGCCACAACUCUAUUUAUGAGGCAUCGUGUGAGGCACAUAGGCAAAUGGAAAGCAAGUCUGGCUACUUUUACAUUGAUCCAGAUGGGAGCGGUCCUCAAAAGGCAAUGCUGGUCUACUGCAACAUGACCGAGGACGUUGUGUGGACAGUGGUGGGCCACAUUAACAGUGGAUAUGUGAACCAGAGAGUAACUGGGUCCACACCACAGAAGCCUUACAUUAUGAGGUUCAAUUACACCGCCUCUCUGGAACAGCUACGCACUUUGAUUGGACGAUCCAAACACUGCCAACAGGAAGUGGUCUACAGCUGUAGGAAAUCCAGACUUUUCAAUACUUGGGACGGCACACCCCUGUCAUGGUGGCUGGAUUGGAGCGGAGGGAAGCAGACCUACUGGGGGGGCUCCGAACCUGCAGUCCAACAGUGCUCCUGCAGCCUGGCGGAAAACUGCAUCGACAUGAACUACUUCUGCAACUGUGAUGCGGACAGUCACUCGUGGGUGAACGACACAGGAUCGCUGUCCUACAAAGACCACCUUCCACUGACGGAGAUUGUGAUAGGAGACACCAACCGAAGCGGCUCGGCAGCCGUGUUCAGCGUCAGUUCCCUCCAGUGUAGCGGGGACAGGUUUCUGGGGAACGCAGCAUCUUUCUAUGCAGGGUCUUCUUCUCUCCUCUUCCGUACAUUUGAGGCUGAGCUCAGUGCUGACAUCUCCCUCUACUUCAAGACCACAGCCUCUUUUGGUGUUCUGUUGGAGAACCUGGGCCCCACUGACUUCAUCUCUCUAAAGAUGAUCUCGCCGUCAGCUGUGACGUUCACCUUUGACGUGGGGAACGGCCCGGUGGUCUUGACUGUGACGUCCCCGGUCGCCCUGAACGACAGGCAGUGGCACUACGUCAGAGCCGAACGCAACCGAAAGGAGGCCUCCCUGCAGGUGGAUCGGCUGCCGUUGAACACCCUGGAGGCACCGUCUGAAGGCCACUACCGCCUGCAGCUCAAAAGCCAGCUGUUCGUAGGCGGAUCCGCCUCCAGGGAGAGCAGUUUCCUCGGUUGCAUUCGUGCACUGUCCCUGAAUGGCGUGACCCUUGACCUUGAGGAGCGGGCCAAACUGACCCCCGGGGUGACCCCGGGAUGCCCCGGUCACUGCAGCGGUUCCGCCAGCGUCUGUCACAACAGAGGAAGGUGUUUGGAGAACAACAGUGGAUACGUCUGUGACUGUACACACUCUGCGUAUGCUGGACCUCAGUGUAAGAAAGAAGUGUCAAUGUCCUUUGAGAGAGGCUCCUCCGUGACCUUCAGCUUCCAGAUGCCUUUUCCAGUCAUCCGCAACAGAGACAGGGCUAGCCAGUCUCCUAUCAGGCAGCCAGUCCGUAGCCCCUCCUCAGCCAUCUACGCCCAUAACAGCGAGUCCAGAGAAAAUGUCGCCUUCAGCUUUCUGACAACUCACACCCCUGCCAUGCUGCUGUGUGUCAGCACCUACCAUCAGCAGUACCUGGCUAUCAUCCUGGCUAACAACGGGAGCUUGCAGAUCUGGUACCGUCUGAACAGGGAGAGGAGAGCCGAGGUCUUUGUCCCCAAAGCCUUCAACCUGGCUGACGGGCAGCUCCACCGGGUCCAAAUGCAUCGUGAGGGAAGGGACUUGAAUGUACAGAUUGACAAAGACACCGACCAAAAAUACAACCUUUCUUCUGACACAAAAAUGAACACCCUGCGAUCUCUGACUUUGGGUAAACUCACAAGUACUUCAGCAGGACUUGCUGAUUUGGAUGAGGAGGUGCUUUGGGCCGGGUCCAGGGGUUUUAUUGGCUGCCUGUCAUCUGUCCAGUUCAAUCAUUUGACACCGCUGAAGGCGGCCAUUUUGAAUCGUGGCAGCUCAUUGGUUCGUGUUCUUGGCAAUCUCGUUGAAUCCAACUGUGGAGCCUUGGCUGAUAGUACAACAUCACAAUCGAUUUCUGAUCAUUCCGAGCGUGGCGAUAGCGGCAGAGAUCGUCUGGAGAAAACGACGCAGAGUGAUUCAGCGGUAAUUGGAGGUCUCGUCGCUGCUGUGGUCCUCGUCGUCCUCUGCGCUGCGGCCCCGACGUCAUGCUUCCUGUACCGACGCUGCAGCCACGCCCACACCCAGGAGAAGUCCCCCGCCUCCCAGAAGAAGGAUCCCAGACACAGCCCGGAGCACGGCUACCCUGCAGGCCCGGAUCACGGCUACCCUGCAGGCCCGGAGCACGGCUACCCUGCAGGCCUGGAGCACGGCUACCCUGCAGGCCUGGAGCAUGGCUACCCUGCAGGCCUGGAGCACGGCUACCCUGCAGGCCUGGAGCACGGCUACCCUGCAGGCCCGGAGCACGUCUAUCAUGCAGGCCUGGAGCACGGCUACACUGCAGGCCCGGAGCACGGCUACCCUGCAGGCCCGGAGCACGGCUACCCUGCAGGCUUGAAAAUGAACCAGGACCUGCACAGCUCUGUGAGGCACAGUAGAAAGGAAUACUACAUAUGACUCCGCGGAGUCUUACACACCAGAGCCGCCUUCGCCCGUCCCCCUGCCUCCCGCUCUUUGCACUGCCCGGCCUCAAACACAGAACAGUCCUCUAUGGGAAGAGCAACCAGCCACCACAAAACCCAGUGUUAGUCGUCUGUCCUUUUUUUAAGGAUCACUGGUGGUCCUUUCCCUGUGUGGCUAAUGGAGGACGGUGAUCCCACUGCUCUGUCACAUACAGGCUGUUUAGCGGGCCAUGAGAGCUGGACCUCGUUUGAUGUGAAACAACAAAUGAAAAAAUAAAAAUAAAAAAAA